AUGGAUCAAACACUGCCUGAUCACAGAGCUAUAACCGUUCCAGUUCCUACGGCCGACAUCACAGCUGAGGUUCAAAACCGCCUGGAGGCAGCAGCUAUCAGCCACUUCGUUGUCCAGCUUUCUGACAAGCGAUUUGAUUUACUUAUGCAGCUUAUUGCAGGUAUUCCCUACGACUUCAAUAAACCGUGGCCAUUCUGGUUCUAUAUUGGCAAGAUCGUAUCCAAGGCAUUCUUUGGCGUCGAAGAUCAACUUGAGUGGCUCAAUGCCGUUCGAGUCCGUACAAGAGAGUUCAUUGGCUUCUCAAAUACUAGUACUGUUCAGGAUGACGGACCAAACGACGAAACAGGGAGGAUACAAGUUGUCGAGGUUGACUUCCUUAAACCGCAGCCGGGAGAGAAUAUCAAGUUAUUCUGGAAACCUGCUAGAGGUAUCAUUUCCCAGCAAGUGAAAAACUAUUAUCAGUCGAGCCAGAGCUGUAAUUAG